AUGAAAGAGUCAAUGUUACCACAGCUUGCCGUUUUAGCGAAGAUUUUGUGCCUCCUGAUGGUGGUGAUGUGCGGGGCGGUGCCGGCAAUGGUGCGCUCCGUAAGUCUCUACUCGACUUGCAGCAGCGGCAAUGUUACCGUAAUUGGCCGCUCAAUCAAGGCCAUGGGACGCGAUGAUUACAAUGCUCCUUACCAAAAACUUACGACGCAGUCCGAAGAUUUCAGUAGGAAAUUGUACAUCUUCGCGGAGAAGAGCCAGCGAUACAUUUGCUUCAACAAACGGUGGAAACUCGUCGGCCUGCCUAAAAAGCAAAAAGGUCCUAUGUGUCAGUUCUACGAGGACUACAACGGCUCGUAUCUGACGUACAGAAGCGUGGUAGAUAGUUCACGGUAUCUCGGUUUCAACAAGUUCGGCAAGCCGAUGAAAAAUCUUCACGGCCGACAGGAGUGUUUCAAUUUCAUCAAGUACAACCCCCAUGCUGACAUAAAUCACCACAACAGCCUGGUGAACGCGGACAUGGGCGGGAUGGAGCCAUGGGAUCCUUACGUUGUAUCGAGGAAGCCGUCGCCCAUGAUGAGGGCCACGAAGAACUCUCUGUUGCAGGCCGACAGUACGAGGGAGAUCGUUCAUACGACGCACCGUUAUCGGCACUCGAAUCGCUGGAAAAUGCGCCAGGGUGAGAAGGUCUCAGCAUCACGGAGACGACACGAGAGUCGUCUUUUCGUCGAGGCCAAUAAGUAUUGAGCCGCGUACUGGCUCGCCGAUCAAGACUGCCUCAUCCACAUA